ACGCAGCGCAUUUUAACCAAACCCACACUUGGCAUUUUCAAUAAUAAAACAUCUUAGACACACGCACUCAUCAAAUCCGAUCCAUUUCAGCUCUUUGUAGGGAAGUGUGUGUGUGAGUGUAUGCUGAUAGGGAGAAAACGGUGGCUCUGAUCCAUUGCAGUAAGCUUUAUUUUGUGUUGGGAAAAAGCGCAUUAAAGUGUUAAACUAACACGGGCGUGCUUUACAUUUGGCCGUGUAAAAAAAGGGGGGGAAAGCUGUUUGAUGCGGAAAAUAAAAAAAAAACAUGUCGGCUCGCAUUCUUCGCGUAACUCGAUACACGACAGUGUUUUACUAAAGCACCCUUUUGAGUCCGAAAUCGCGUCAAAACCAAUACAAUAGAGCUGCGUGUGUUUCAGGGGAGAGCCGUGUUGUUGUUUCGUCCUGCGUGUUGCAACGAAAGCCUUUCUGAGCUCCAUCACAUUCUCGAUUUAACGAGUUGUUCACGACCCCCUUGUGUUACCGAAUCCCAUGCAUAUGAGCCCAAAUAUGACCCGAUUUUCAUAAUAAAACCCGUUCACGGAAGCCCGUCAGUGCAGGCAAACGCUGUUUCAUCAUGGCUACCGUCGCCCUUCUCCGUCCGCGUCUCUCUCCGCCUCUGACCCUCCUUCUUUCCGCUGCCUGGUUUUAUACAGCCAUACCGGCGCUCUAAUAUAGUCUGCCCGGGAUGGGAAGGUGCUACUCGGCGCUACGUCACCGGCUCUGCAUAUAAACACCAGACUGCGCUUUAAAUAGUGAGCCGACGGACGGGACGCGACGCAGACCGCGAGCCCGCCGCCCGCUUUCCGUUUUGGCGAAACGGCGCGUUAGUGGCGCCAUGGCGACGGGCUGAGAAAGCCGUUUGCGUUCUCAUUCCGGAUUUGCUGCGUCCGGAAGUGUGUGCGUUUCUCGAAUGUCGUUUAUUUUUUUGGGGUUCUGGCCGAGGUGCGUCGCCGCCGGGCGCCUGCUUUUGCCUCGAGCCACGUCCGGUUAUCAAGAGAUUCCGGUUUCUGUCGGACGGUUCGCUUUAAAUCAACCGUUCGGUGCUUUUUUUUUUUUUUUUUUGCGUUGUUACGUCACCCCAGAUGUUUCCUCAAUGCCUGAAAUGCGUUUGCUCCCUUAAAAACUCUUUACGACAGGCACACGCUUUGUUAACGGCUUUAUAGGCCAGUUCAGUUAGUCGCAGACGCGUUUCCACUGAAGGAAAACAUAUCUACAAUGUAUGUGAAGCGGAUCAAAAUGUGUCCUAAAACCAAAAUGUCUUUGGACAACUUUUCAAAUGUUGUAAAAAAAACUAUUAAUAAUCUAUAGGUUAUACAAAUGCAUUGUUUGCCUGGAAAAUGUUCACGAGCCAUCACCGUUUCUGCUAUAACACCGUUAUAAUGACUUCUCAUUGGUCAAAUUCUCACUUCAAAGUAGUCUUGAUCAUUGUUUCUUGGCUCACGAUGAAUCUCAUUGUCAAAACAAGUUUUGUUCGACACACCACCUAAACUGUACAGAUUGGUGAUGGAGGAUGUCAUCACUGAAGUCCGAGAGCUCUUCCUGGACGAGGGAGUGGAUGAACAGGUCCUGAUGGAGCUGAAAACGCUGUGGGAGAACAAGCUGAUGCAGUCCAAGGCGGUGGAGGGCUUUCAUACGGAGGAGCAGCAGGUCCUGCAGGCUCAACAGCAGCAAGCCCAACAGGCUCAGCAGACGCAGCCUCAGACCCAACCGCAGCAGGUCCUCCUGCCCCCGGCGCAGCAAGCUCCUCAGCAGCAGGUCAUCGUUCAGGACGCUAAGAUGAUGCAGCAGAUGAGUGCCACUGGAAUGAGUGCAGCAGCCACAGCAGCAACUUUGGCUUUACCCGCCGGUGUAGCACCGAUUCAGCAACUCAUCACCCCUCACGGUCAGAUCCUGCAGGUGGUCAGAGCUGCCAACGGAGCUCAGUACAUCAUUCAGCCCCAGCAGCAGAUGUUGCUGCAGCAGCAGGUCCUGCCACAGAUGCAGCCUGGAGGAGUUCAGGCCCCCGUCAUACAGCAGGUUUUGACUCCUCUUCAGGGAGGCCUUCCUCAGCAGACCGGAGUCAUCAUCCAGCCGCAGCAGAUCGUCCUCACAGGAAAUAAAGUACAGCAGAACACUCAGGUCAUGCAGGCGGCAGCGAUGGCUGUGCAGCCGGAGCAGGGAGCUGCGCACGUGCAAGCCCAGCCACAGCCUCAAGCGCAGGCCCCACAACAGCAGCCGCAAGCCUCGCAGCAACCUCCCAUGGUGCUCCAGGUGGACGGCGCAGGAGACACGUCCUCGGAGGAGGACGAGGAGGAGGAGGACGAGUAUGACGAGGAUGAGGAUGAAGACAAAGAGAAAGAUGGUGGAGAGGAUGGCCAAGUGGAGGAGGAGCCAUUAAACAGUGGAGAUGACGUGAGUGAUGAGGAAGAUCAGGAGCUGUUUGACACGGAGAACGUGGUGGUUUGCCAGUACGACAAGAUUCACAGAAGUAAGAACAAAUGGAAAUUUCACCUGAAAGACGGCAUAAUGAAUCUGAACGGGCGGGAUUACGUCUUCUCCAAAGCCAUCGGAGAUGCAGAGUGGUAAAUGGUGCGGAGCAGAACCCAGAACUGUCCACUCUCUUAAGGCAAGACACAUCGAGACCUGAAACUGUACCUUUCAGGAGAUUCCCACUUCGGGGGCUGAAGAGUAACGUCCCAGUGCUACUGUGCUAUUUAAAUGACAUCGGCACUAAAAAAAAAAAAAUAAUAAUAAUAACUCGUGCCAUCCAAGAGAUUUGUUUCUCUCCUCAACCCCCCCCCACCCCAAUCCUUUUUAAGAUGGCCCUUUUACCUGUAAGAGUUUCACAGGAGUCCGUAACUACUUUAUACAACAAUAUUCUUCAGAUGUAUGAAAACAUUAGGCGCAGGGAGCCGAUUUCAGCACCUGGCGCUAACUUAAGUUGACUCUGGUGUGUUAGGACGGCCAGCUUUUACUGCAGCCGCGCGUGUUUGUUGGUGAUUUCCGUAGCUAGGUCGGCCAUCUGAUCCCUGUGUAAAGCGAAUCGUCUCCACGCGAGGGCCGUAUCGUCACCAUUCGCCACCUUUUUAGACGAACACUAAAAACAAGCAACCAAGAACUGUGUCCCGAUACUUUCCUCUCAUAUUUGCUAUGUUUUUAGACCUUUGUAUGUUCAGCAGCAGCAGAGAUACCAAUGAAAACGGGCAAGUUAAGUGUAACGUUGUCGAUCUCACUAAAUCGUUGGCGUGUUUGUACGUCUGUCAUGGGGUUUUUUUUUGUUCCCAAACCGUACUCUGACUAAAGAUCCGCUCUAUCGGUGUGGUGCAUGUUUUCGGGCAGUGCAUCGCAGAGCUCGUGUCGUCCUGCGUGUGUUUUGUGUGCAAUCUGUUGCGUUAGGUGUCAAAUGAAGUGCUCGGUCAGGCCACCCUUCAUUCUUUACUCGCGGUCAGGCUUAUUUUACACAUUUCUAGUAGUUUGUAUUUAUUCCUGAAGCUCAGGCAGCGUUGAAUUUCGGGGGGAUAAAACCGAACUGUGCUCUUAAUGAAAGAAGUGCUCCUUCAGCCCGUUCUCUGCUGGGGAGGAUUUCAACACCUGAUUCUGUGCAUUGUGGAGCUUUGUUUAGGCUUUUUUGUUUCUAUAUUAUGUUUUAUGGUCUUUAGUCUGACUUUUUAAGCCGUGCCCUCAUACAGUCUGACAGGUUAUGUUUUGUGUCUGUAUGUUCAGCAGUUGAAAGUAUUCAUGUUUUGUUAAAUUAUGACCAUGCUAUCUUUGUUCGGAAAAAAUUGGCUUGGACUAGUGUUGGGGCUUUUGAUUUAAUUUUUUUUUUUUUUUUUUUUUUUUUGUGCGUGUAAAUCAUUAUGCUCCUUGUUUGUGCCUUUCAGAUUUUAAUUUAGAUAUCGGGUCUUUUGUUUAAAGGGGAGAGCCUUUUAACAAACCCUACGAACUGUACAUUUCGCUCUGCUUUUUUUUUAAUGGUAAGUAAAGGAUACUUCAGAACUACUGUCUGGGUUAUGUGAGGGAACGUGAUGUUUAUUCAUAUACUGUUUUACCAAUCAAUCUGCUCUGUCUCUGAUUCUCAUCUCUAUGAAGGUUGUGUUAUGUAAGUAGAGAUCUUUAGCAUUUUGUUGAAACAUUGAGGUUUAUUUUGCCUUUUGAACUUUAUUAAAGCACUAUUAAAAUUGA